CCUCACACACCAUCCCCCCUCUCCACGUUUUGCGCAUCAUGAUCAUCAUCCUCAACUUCCUACCCGCCCUCGUCGCGAUCCUCUCCAUCGCUGGCCUGCUGCAGCCUGUCACCGCGCUCACGUGCACCUCCAAGUACAGCGUCAAGUCUGGCGAUUCUUGCGAUGCCAUUGCAUCCUCCAACGGCAUUUCCAACUAUCAGCUCGCUCACCUCAACGGAGAUGCUCUCAACUGCGCAGGCUUGACCGUCGGACAGGAGCUGUGUCUUCGAAGCAAAGAGUACGACUGCUCACCAGUCGUGCAGGUCAAGUCUGGUGACGGCUGCUACGCCAUCGCAGACGCUAACGGCAUCUCUUUGGAUCAAUUCUAUGCGGAUAACCCCGGCAUCGACUGCGGUGCCAUCUAUCCAGGCUACUCGGUCUGCGUAUCCAAGACCACACCGGGAAGCGGCGGCGAUACUUCUCCCACCUCGACAACCACAAGCUCUGCGCCCGUGCCGACCGAGACGAGCGGUGAUGGCGGCGGCGGCGGCGAGAGCAGAGCGUGCACCCUCUACACGACCGUCCAGGCCGGCGAAAGCUGCAACGACAUUUGCAACCGCGCUCACGUCACGCUCUACGAUCUGCAGCAGCUCAACAGCGGCAAUCAGCUUUGUGCAUCGCUGCAGUCGGGCCAAGCGCUGUGCGUCGACGGUGCAAAAAGGAGUUGCAGCAAGCCUUACACCAUCCAGUCGGGCGACAGCUGCUACGCCAUCUCGCAGACUCACAAUCUCACCCUAGCAGAGUUCUACGAUAUCAAUCCCAACAUCGACGAGAACUGCUCCAACAUUCAGCCAGAUGAGGUCGUCUGCGUAGCUAAGCGCAGUCCGAAUGACGAGCCGCCUGCGUCAUCGGGCUGCUCUCGAUUCGCUCCGGUGCGAGUGGCGGACACUUGCGAAAAGAUUGCUGCUCGAUCUUCCCUCACUUCUGUCCAGCUGCGAGGACUGAAUUAUCCGCUCGACUGCAGCCACCUGCGCGUAGGCGACCAGCUUUGCACUUUUGCACCCGAUGCCAACUUUUGUCCCGAGCUGCACAUCGUCAAGCACAACGACACGUGCUACGAUCUGGCUCAGAACGCUUCCAUGAGUCUUCGGGAGUGGACCAGCGUCAAUGACUAUGGCAAGGAAGCCGUCGAGUGCGAUGCCUUGAUUCUGAGCUCCAUCGUCUGUCAAGCUCAUGGCAACGCCACGCUGCCCGCUGGAGGACAAGGCAACUCGACGGAUCUACCGCUGUGCUCGAAAUGCAACGAGGAUACGCAUUGCUGCUCAAAAUACAGCGUCUGCGCUCCGCUAGCUUCCGAAUUUUGCAAGCGCGACGAGGGUUGUCAAGGCAAUUGUCAAGGCGAUCAAGGCGUGAGCAUACCCGACGGUCAAGAUGGUGGAGCUGGCCCGAUCGGCAGCAACUACACCUAUCCACCCAUCCACACGAACUGCAGCAAUUGCUCUUCCACCGAGUGCUGCAGUAAUGUCGGAGGCGAGGACAUGUGUCUGCCGAGCGACACGUGGUACUGCCUGUCCACUAAUGGCUGCAUCGAUCACUGCACCGACAUUGCCGACUUGGCUCUGAUUGCGGACCCGCAGUUCACUCAGGUUGCAGAUGCUCCGACAUGGCAGUUUCCCAGCGGAGAUUUCCCGGAUGGCGAUCCCUGCGCGUGUAGCGACGAUUCCAAAUGCUGCGCAUCGUCGGGGAAAUGUCUCACCAAGAGUCAUGAUGAAGACGAUUGCUACAUUGGAGCAGGCUGUCUGUACAAUUGCUACGAUGUGCGAUGGUCUGCAGACGAGAAUGAAGGCUCGUUCGUGGUCGAAGUGAAGCACCCUUAUAGCUCAAAGGCGGACACUUCUAGCUCGGCUCGUCGCCGCCGCCACGAGCAUCGUGCUCGCAGCAAUCGCAGCAGGUUGGAGAAGCUGACAGACAAACUUGGGCUGUGAGUGAGACACGGAGGGCCUCACUCGAAGGCGUGGCGAGCACAAUGCCAUGAGUCAACAUCGUGGUGUCCGUACCACUACGCCUGGGCGUG